CAACUUCGUCAUGGCUUUGUCCAAACGACCGCUCUCCAAGGAUACCGCUUUGGCUGAGAACAACAACAAUAACAACACCAAAUCCGAAGAACACGAAACUGCAGUGAAACGUAAAAAGCGCUCAAGUCGUGAUGAUGAAUCGGCAAAUAAUAAUAACAACAAUAACUCUAAAACCGAAGACAAAUUGUCCACUUUGCCACAAAAGAAACGCGCUGUAACCAACAACAACAACAACAGUAAUACAAACAAAUCGAAUACAUCACCGCUCGACGUUGCCACGCUGCAAACCUCCGUCGCCAUGACCACAACACCCACAGUGCAUUCGCCUGAACGUCCAACGGCAGUGAGCACAAUCGCGGCCACAAAAGCGUCCGCUGACGAUCAGGACGACGAAACGCUGAUACGCGAGACACAGGCAGCACUGAAAAGCUUAUCGGGCAGUUGGCCACCAGAGGCACGCAACAAUCUCUAUCGAUUGCAGGAUCAGGACGAGAACCCGCCCCCAUUUCAAAAUCUCUUCGAAGAGAAACAAAAACAAAAGGAAAAUGAUCAGGCGCGCCUCAACUCACAGCAUCCCGAACAGGUGCUGGACGACCGCAAGCGCAGCUCAUUCUCGCAGGCGUCCGCCUUCAAGCCACCAACCGAUUUCAAGCGUAAUGGCCUAAUUCCAUAUCCGCCAGGUACAACGGCGGUACCACCAACACACUACCCGAUCUACAGUAGCAACAACGAUACGUCCGCUGCAUAUCUCAGCUACCAACAGCACACACUUCCACACGAUCCAAGCUGCCACACCGCGCCCAUGUUACCACCGCGCCCAACGCCAACAACCGCAGCAGCCGCAAUCAGCAAUGGUUUCGAUAUCGCUUCACAAAUUGGCGCCUGCGAUGGCAAAAAUAGCGAUGCAGAGCAGCGGGCAGCGGUUGGUCUCAAACACAGCGACUUGCUGGGUAGAACACAUGACGCUGCUGUUGUUGGUGGUGUGGUUGGCGCAACAUCGGCCGCCGAUACCAAGCACUACACCAUUUUGCAGCCAGCUGGUGUGGGUAGUCGCGCGGCAUCGGUGAUGCAGGAUAUUGCGCGCGAGGGUGCCGUCACAGCAGUAACAGCUGUUGGCGGCAACAACAGCAACAACAACAACAACAACAGCAGCGCCGCAACAUCAAGUGUGCCACAGCCGACCUACUCGCCGGGCAGCAUCAAUCGCGGAGAUGGCACCAAGUGUCCCACGCCAAGCUGUAACGGCCAAGGACAUAUCACAGGGCUUUACUCACACCAUCGAAGCUUAUCUGGCUGUCCAAAACGUGAUAAAGUCACAUCGGAAUCUGUGGUAGACUCAUUCAAGUCCGAGCCGAAGGAGUUGCAUCAUUUGGAAAAGUUGAAAAUCACCACGAAUCAAUACUUGAAUAACAACAACAUCAGCUGCAUAAAUAAUAACAACAGUCACGACACGACCGGUAGCAGCAACAACAGCACGACAUCCGGCAGCAACAACGCACUCAGCCUCAACGCGAAUUCGAACUCGACGGCAAACUCAAGUACUGCGAGCAACGCAAUGCCAAUUAUCAAAACGGAAUUCAGUCCGGUCGCUAGCGUCAAGUCCGAAUACAAUAAAAGUCCCAUGCACCCGUACAUGAACAGUGCGGACAGCAGCGGCGGUAACGCCGGCAAUGGCGGUGGUAGCGCUGGUAGCGGCGGCAUUGGCCCAACAGACCGUUCUUCCAACGGUGCGCCGCAUAAUUCAGGCUCAGUGUCCACCACCAGUUCGGACAAUUUGCACGCACCGCACUUGAGUGGCGCACGAAGUGCGACCGGAACACUUCAAGCGUCCGGCUACGUGAGCAUGCAACAGCAACAGCAGCCACCACCACCGCAACCACCACAUACAAUGGCCGAUCCACAUCAGCAGCAACAUCAACAGCAACAUCAACAGCACCAGCAGCAACAGCAUGCACAACAACAAAGCCCACACAAUCCCCACCAUCAACAGCAACAACAUACGCUGCAUCAGCAACGUGGUCCAUUCAUCGAAGACUCAUCAUCGCUAAUGAUGUCCGCCGGCAAUGGAACUUCCGUAAAUAGUACCGAUGCAUAUCGCACCGACGGUCAUCAUGACGAUACGCAGCACCAACAACAACAACACCAACAGCACUACGAGCAUAUGCGCUAUGCACAGCACAUGGUGAAUGGUGGCGACGGCAGUUUAGGUGGCGGCAAACCACCCACAUCCGCUUACGGACAGGAGAUGCUCACCGCCAAUGGCGCACCCACCAAUACACUAUCGCCCAAUGCGCGCCCCUACGAUACGAAUCCACCCACAUCACUAUCGUCUGCAGCCGCAGCUGCCGCUUACGCUGAUGCCACGAGCGUAUCCAGUGUUUCCGGCAUGCCUACAGCCUUCGAACGUUACGACCCCAUCUGCAAUGGUCAACGUCAGGGGCCACCAUCCAAUAUGUACCACUAUCUGCCACAGACAGCGGACGACUUGCAAGCGCAGCAACAGAAAUACUUGCAGGAGCAACAAAUGUUAAUGGCCAAGGCGGAGCAUGAUGAGCUCGCCAAUGGUGGACCAAUAUAUCCACGUCCCAUGUAUCACUAUGAUCCGAGUAUGGGUCCAUUGCCACCGGGUUUUUCAGCUAUUAAUUUGUCGGUGAAAAUGGCGGCAGCACAAGCAGCAGCAGCUGCGGCGGCUUAUCAAAAUCAGCAGCAGCAACAGCAGCAGCAUCAGCAGCAACAACAACAACAACAGCAGCAGCAACAACCGAAGCAGAGUGGUUCACCAUCACCGCCUGGUGCACCGGUCGUAGACUUGUCAGCCUCCGCGUCGGUAACCUCGUCCAGUCCGCAUGGUUUCAACUCGCCAGCAUCGCAUAACCAAUACAGUCAGCGUAUGGGCGCGGGCAGUCCACAGCCAGGAGCGAGCCCGAACAUAGCCAGUCCACAAGUGCCAAGUCCGCAAGGACAAACGUUGGACCUGAGCGUCACACGUCUGCCACACAGUAUUAUUACAAGUCCUCAAUAUGGUGCACACCCCGACGGUCUAGUCGUUGGACAUCCACAAGGCUUUGGACCAGGUCUACCACCCACAGGUGCCAACGGCGCGCCACGUUCACCACAAAUGGAGCCCGUCGAUUUCAGCGGUCCACCAAGACCACUCGGUUUUGGGCUCGUCGGACAUAUCGGCGGACCGCGACCGUACAGUCGUGAGUCUACGCCGGACAGUGGUGGCUCACACUACAUCGAUAGCUAUCGCGAUCCAAGUGGCUAUUCACCUCAUCCCGGCUAUGGCAUGGUUGUACAGUCUGAUUAUCCCCCGGCCGGCUAUCAUGGCUACGGUCCAGCCGCAUAUCAAUGCAGCAAUCCUUAUGCGACUGCUGUCGGUCCCGGCGGAUAUCCGACACCAGUGUCAGGCGGCUACUCACCCAGUCCGGCGUCGUGUUACUCCAUGCCACCGCCACAGCAUAUACCGCAACAUGACAAGACAAAGGAUAGCUUGACUGGCUGUACGCGCAGCGAUCGAAAUCAUUUGCAGCCACACUCGCAGGAACUGAAAUGCCCCACGCCAGGCUGCGAUGGUUCAGGUCAUGUCACUGGUAACUACUCAUCACAUCGCAGUCUAUCGGGUUGUCCGCGCGCCAACAAGCCGAAGAGCAAGCCACGCGAUGGACAGGACUCGGAGCCGCUUAGAUGUCCCAUACCUGGUUGUGAUGGUUCUGGCCACUCCACUGGCAAAUUUUUAUCGCACAGAAGCGCCUCCGGCUGUCCCAUCGCGAAUCGUAAUAAAAUGCGCGUACUUGAAGCCGGCGGCACCGUAGAACAGCAUAAAGCCGCCGUUGCUGCGGCGACUGCGAUGAAGUUUGACGGUUGCGGCAGCGCUGCCAGUCAAAGUAUGAAGAAACCCAAAUUCGAUGAUGUUACAAUGGUCUAUCCAAAGGGCUAUACAGGCAUCGACAUGAUGAUGGGCGGCGUUGGCGUUGGCGUCGGUGUCGGUGUUGGCUCCGCAGUCUCCUCCUCCGCCUCCGUAUCGAGUAAUAUUAGCAACAGCAGCAACAACAACGCUUCGGUAGUUAGUUCCACAGCAGCGCUGGGCAAUGUCUCGUCUUCUGUAGCCGGUCCAGCCACACUGCCCGACAGUCUGCAAGGCAAUAAUAGCAACAAUGGCAGUAGUGGCAAUGGCACAGCGAAUAACAACAGCAACAACAACGUGCCCUCAACAAAUGGUGGCGUUGGCGUUGGCGGUGGCAGUGCUGGCAAUGGCAACGUCGGUGUUGGCGAAGACUUGAAUACGCUCGAAGCGGAAAUAUCGGAGCUGCAAAGAGAGAAUGCACGCGUCGAAUCGCAAAUGAUGCGUCUCAAAUCCGACAUAAAUGCCAUGGAAUCACAGUUGAACACCAGCGAUAGGGAGGCUUCUCCGCUGAGUACUCAUCAACAGCGUAAUCUCUCUGCGGUGACUAUCAAUGCUGGAGGAGCAACAGCUCUUGGUAGCGUCUCCUCCAGCGCCUCAACCGCGUCCCCGCUCAGCAACCACAAUGGCAACGGCAACGGCAACGGCAACGGCAACGUCAACGGUAACGGCAACAACAGCAGCAGCGCCAACGGCAACAAUAACAUCAACAUCGGUGGCAGCAGCGUCGGAGCCAACAACAACCCCCUCACCAGCGGCAAUCUCUCGCACACCCUCCCCAGCAGUCACACCAUAGGGCCCAUAGGCAACCACAGUGGCAGCUACUUAACACCACCACCCAGUGUCAGCAUCAGCACCGCCGCUUCUUCAACCAGCAACGGCGGUGCACCCACAUCCAGUUCCUAUUACGAAAGUUUGCGUAAUAAUGUAAUUACUUUGCUCGAGCAUGUGCGUCUGCCACCACCCGGCAGCAAUAGCGGCGCAAGCAUGAGCUCGAGUCCGCUAGGCGCUGGCAAUGGCGGCAAUAAUGUAAGUAGCACCAGCAUAGGCGGUCAUCCCUCCGAUACCAUUGGCAAUAGUUUGUCUGCAAAUAUUGCUGGCUUACCCGCCACCGCAGAAGUUUUGAGUAAUCAACAAUUGACCAGCGCUUAUGGUGCGCCACAUCCACCACAUCCCGCGCUGAUACCACCAAGUCCGCUACCCACCGCAUCCAUUGCGCCAACGAAUGUGGUGAGUGGUGCUGUAUCGAUGUAUGCAGCGCCACCACAUCACUUGACUGGCACACAUCAUGGCAUGUUGGGUCCACCACCACAUCCACCACCACCACCACCUCAUGGUGGUUCAAUGCCGCCACAUCAUCCCUAUACAGUGCAUCAUCCAGCUGGAUAUGCGCACCAUGAACCCUUCGACUCAUACAUAUCGAAAUUACAAUCUCUCUGUGUGCCACCCGAUGUUUACGCGCUACCCGACGAUGGCACACGGCCGCUCUACGAUGCGGUCAAACCUAGUCUGCAUCAAGAUUAUACAUUAAUGCCGACACCGAUAUAAGCGUGGGUGAGAAGAGGGAGUGAAUGGGGGGAGAGAGAUUACUGGGUUUAACGCCAACUAAGAGAGAACUAUUGAAAACUAUAGUACUAACUACGCUGUAAAUAUAAAUAAAUAGUAUUUAAGCAGAUAUUUAUAGAGAAGACUCAAAUUCGGACCAUGUCGCAGAACAAAUUUAUGUGACACUCUCAUUAAAUCCAUGUUGAGAGUGAACAGCAGUUGAAGAAGGAAUAAUUUUGAGCGCACACACAAUUAGACACAAUUGUUUUCCCGUAACCCGUUUUAAAUAACUUUAAGAAACAGUUAAGCCACUCUCUCAUUUUUCGAUGACCUUGGUAGCUUCGUCCGAGGCUUCUUCAAUGAGCUCCGUACUCAAUGCUUUAUUUAUGUGACGCAAAUGAUGCAGAAGCACCCCACUACUGAGAAAUGCUACACAGCGUCUAAGUUCCCAAGGAUGGAGCUAGCAACAGGCAUACAUAACUCCGGCGCCGCUCCCGGCUGCUGAGCUCGCGCAUUUGUAGGUGAAAAUAUUAAAAAGACGUAGGGUGACAUUAAUCGGCCUUCAAUAUCACGGGGUUUUCUGAAGUCCCCGCAUAUGACAAUAAGAAACAAUCUAUCGGAUGCCGUUUAAGUAAACAUAAGCCAGGCUAUCGCUCAAAUUCAGCGGGAUCUAAAUACGUGAGAGAGUCAUUGAAAAUUUAACCACUCGAAUACGUGCCGCCGUGAGAAGCCAUGGAAUAUAUUUAAACGAUGUAGUAUAUUCCGCCCGCAAUGGUAUGCUAUACUUGGCUCUUUCGUUACGCUAGUUGUUCUUCCCGACAGGGUUGGUGUAUAAUGUGUGUUGGAACCACCUAAAAUAGCACUGAAGAUGGCAAAACGCCGAAAUCUCCUUGGACAGCUCCAUACUUUCACACGGAGACAAAAAUUGUAAUUGUGAGUGCCCUGUUCAAGUGAAUUUCAGGAGGAGCCUUGGCCUCAUACAUACAAAAAUGGUUUCGCUAACACCUCACACACAGCUUGAUUUAAAGAGAACUUUUUCGAGAGGGUUAUAACUAAAUUCAACAGAAAUCGUGCAUAAGGCCCAAAUAUUCCCUGAUAGGAAUCCGUGAAAGUCGCGAUUAUUGACCACUUAUCCAUCGAAAGUAGUCAAGUUUCGACAAUAAAUAGAUCAAAUACAAAAAUAUAUGACUAAAAAAAUAUUGGAAAUUCUUCAUGAGCAGCCUCUGGCCAUAUCGGCAUUUACAUCCGUCACGACCAAGACUUAUUCCGCAGGGGAAGCUUUUCGUAGCUUUCUGUAGUUUUUAUAUGAGCGUGUGGUAAAAGCUCUCUCUGGUCAUGUUUGCGGUAUAAUCAUAUAUAUGUACAUUUGUAAAGUUCGGAGCGCAAAUUAACAACAAACAAUAAUUUUUGUAAAUUCGAAAGAGCUUUUAAACGGUGGACGCCCACACAAAAUGUAUAGAAAGCUUAAAAAAGCUUUGCACACGGACAAGGAGAUGUCUUUCACAGAUUAAGAUGCAAAAUUUCUGCUUCAAGCUUCAUCGAAAGUUUAUUUAUAAAAGGUGUAAGCUAGUUUAAUGCAAAGCAAAUUUCAGUGAAAGCUUUCCGUUUCAAAGUCAGUAAGAAUAGCGAGAGCAAGCUCUCAGGCCGUCAUGUCUAUAAAAAAAAAAAAUAUAGAAAGCUUAAAAAAGCGCUGCACGCGAGUAUGGCGAUGCCCAUCACCGGAGCUUAGUAUAAGCUACUAGUCCAAUGUAUGUAUAUAUGUACAUUUAAGUAUAUAGUAUGUAUAGUA